UCAAAGUCAAUCAUUAGCGGUGAGAGGUUGAGGUGCACAAUACAGAUUUAGAAAGAUAAAACUUUUAACAAAAGAGGAUAGAGAGAAAGAUAGAAAAAAACAUCUCAAAUUUCAUUAACAAAUACCUGAUUUAAUAAACCAUAAAUCGAGGGGCUUAGUUUGUUUGUGCUGAAUUUGGUAUUGUUUAGAGACUGAUGUCUCUGUUUAAUGGUUAUUUCAUUUGUGAAGUUGGCAAGGAUGCAGCUGGUAUUGCUGGGAACAUAUUUGCUUUUGGGCUAUUUGUAUCCCCAAUACCCACAUUUAGGAGAAUUAUUGGAAAUGGGUCAACGGAUAUGUUCUCAGGAUUGCCAUAUAUUUAUUCUCUAUUGAACUGUUUGAUCUGCUUAUGGUAUGGAACACCUCUUAUAGCACCUGAUAAUUUAUUGAUUACAACUGUUAAUUCAAUUGGAGCAGCUUUUCAGCUUGUAUACAUUGUUUUAUUUUUAAUGUAUGUUGAGAAACCUAGAAAGAUGAGAAUGUUUGGAUUACUAUUGGCAGUUUUUGGAAUAUUUGGAAUCAUACUAGUUGGGAGUUUGAAAAUAACCGAUAGUUCCAUGCGCCGAAUGCUUGUUGGAUUCUUGAGCUGUGCUUCUCUCAUUUCAUUGUUUGUCUCUCCGUUGUUUAUAAUUAAAUUGGUCAUUCGCACGAAGAGUGUCGAGUUUAUGCCAUUUUAUCUUUCACUUUCCACAUUCCUAAUGAUUGCCUCGUUCCUUCUUUAUGGAUUGCUCAGUGAUGAUGCUUUCAUUUAUGUAAGAGUCCUUUUUUCAGCUCUUUUUUUUUUUUUUUUUCUUUCUGAAAUUCAUUUUAGUUUCGGAAUUCAGAUGUUUAUUCUGUUGGCUCGUUUUUGUUUACCUACAUUUGUGUUUGAUAUUUUAGGUACUGUUUUAACAAUGAUACAAUUGGUAUUGUACUUCUAUUACAAGAGUUCACCUAGUAAUGAAUCUAGAGAAACCUUGAUAGUGUCAUGUAGAUAAUCUGCAUUGUUGAGAUCUGACAAAAGCAAAGGUGAACACAAAUUUUAUGAUUAAGAUUUUUUGUCUUCCACUGUCAGUGUGAUUUGGUUUUCUAAAGCUAGUCAUAGACAUUUGUUAUGUAUGAAAUAUUUUUCCAUUUGUUGAAUGUGUAAAUAUAAUUGGUUUUUGUACACAGUUUAUCAAUUCAAUUUGUAGUGAUAUUUGAAUUUUCUCUUUUAAUCAUAUUUAAAUUCGAUUUCUUGCAUUGUCGUUUGUCAACUUUUGUAUUUUACUAUGUAAGAAUGGAAGCUUUCAUGAAAUGAGUGGAUGAAAUCUUUUCAAUCAAUGAGAGGAUGAAAUCUUUUCAAUAUUUUCAUGAAAUGAUGUUAAUAUGUAAACUAAAACCACAAUAGUCACUCAAUACACUUGAACUUCUUGCUUUUUAUGUAUUGAGUUUCUUCUCUACCAGUGUAGUUAAAAUUCUUUUUCACUUUUGCAAUACCAUCAGUUUCCGGAAGAAAGGAUAACAGGGAGCAACCCCAGAUGGAACAUUUCAAAUUUUUCUCAUUCGGUAUUUAUUUUGAAUUGAUAAAAGAAAAUGCAACGCUUUUGCAAAUUACACGUGAUCAUGAAUUAUGCUGUUAAAAUACUGUUAAAAAUAAACUUAGGGGAGUGAAAGAGAAGUAUCAAUACAGAAUAUGGUUAAGAUUUAAAUAUUCCACCAAAGUAGGCUUUUCUUCUAAAUGAAGUAUUGAUUUGACCAAAAAAAGUUAUGAAUGUUCUCCUACUUUUAUGACAUGUUAGUUGAAUUGAAUACUAUUUUGUGUCU